AUGACAGCUAGAGCUUUCUGGCUCCUCUGUUUGAUCGUUGGAUCUUCUCCCGAAGCCCCAGUGGCGGAGAGAAAAGCCUCGCCGCCCCACAGCCGGAAACCCGACCCCGGCGGAGGCCCGAGUGCGGAGAUGCCUGGGCCCGGGGCGCAGCCGGUCCCCGAGACCCCGCGGCGGCCGCGCGCGGCCGAAGCCGCUCCGCGUGCCUGGUCAGACCUGAGGCGCCGGAAGCCCCCGCCGCCCGCGGAGAACCGUGCGGGCUUCCGGGAGGCCGCGCGCGCACCCGCCGGCCCGCCGAGCCCGCGCCUGGCGCAGGCCGAGAACCGCGCGUCACCGCGCCGCCAGCCGGCGCUGGGGGAGUUCCCGCGGCGCGCGCGCGCCCGGGCCCCGCGCCUCCCGGCCGUGCGGCCUUCCGCGCGCGCCGCCGAGAUCCCCGCCGGCCCCGCCCACCCCAACCGGCCGCGCGCCGCCGCGCCGCCCCCGGAACCCGCGCCCGCGCCGCCGCCGCACCUUGGCGAGCUGCAGGGGGAGGAAGCCGAGCCCGGCGCCGAGCACUGUGCGCGCGCCUGCAGGGCGGACUUGGACGAGCGCGAGUCCUACUGCACCAGCGAGUUCGCAUUGAACGGAAUCGUGCAUGAUGUAGACGUCCUCGGCACAGGGAUCCGGCUGGUGACUCUCCUGGUGGACCGAGACGGGCUGUACAAGAUGAACCGCCUGUACAUCACUCCAGACGGGUUUUUCUUCCGAGUCCACGUACUAGCCCUAGACUCCUCUAGUUGCAAGAAGCCAUGUCCAGAAUUUAAGCCAGGAAGCAGGUAUAUUGUGAUGGGCCACAUCUACCAUAAGAGAAGGCAGCUUCCUACAGCUCUGCUUCAGAUCCUGAGAGGGCGCCUUCGCCCAGGAGAUGGACUACUCAGGAGCAGCAGCAGCUACGUGAAAAGAUUUAACCGAAAAAGGGAUGGGCAAGUGCAAGGGGCAAUUCACGCCCAGUGCAUCUGA